UAGAAACUCAACAUCAUAUAUUCUUAAUUUGAUCAAUAGUCAAAAGUCAAAAAGAUAAACAACAUUAUUAUGUUUUUAUUUUUUUGGUCAAAAUAAUAUGUUUUCAUAAUAUCUAUUUUUUGGUAAAUUAAAAAGAAAAGAAAAGAGAGUUGGUAAAUAAUAAACCACCAAACCCGUCUUUUGACACAACAGUUGUUGUUGUUGUUGCCAUUCAUACGCGCUUCCAUCAACCCUUUGGUCUUGGAAGCCAAAUCAAACCUUUCAAUCCUCAAAAUUCGAAACUUUUCGUUUGCUUUACGUUCUCUCAAUUCAUAUUUAUAAGAAAGUCUGUUCCUUUAAUCAAUCAAAUCAAGAGACUUUGAAGAUUAUUGUUUCCCAAUUUGCGUCAAUCGGGAUCGAGUCAAAUCUUCUUCCACUCAUCAUCUGACAAUAGAUUGAAUCAAGGGAAUUGAGAUUUGCGGGUUUGUUCGGGUUCUUGGAUUUGAAGUGGUUAAGGGAUGGAUGAAAAUAAUGGAGGUUCAAGCUCACUUCCACCUUUCCUUACUAAAACAUAUGAAAUGGUAGAUGAUUCGUCUUCUGAUUCGAUUGUUUCUUGGAGCGAAAACAACAAAAGUUUUAUCGUCAAGAACCCAGCGGAGUUUUCAAGAGACCUUCUUCCGAAGUUCUUCAAGCAUAAGAAUUUCUCAAGUUUCAUCCGUCAGCUUAAUACAUAUGGUUUUCGAAAAGUCGAUCCUGAGAAAUGGGAAUUCUUGAAUGAUGAUUUUGUUAGAGGUCGACCUUACCUUAUGAAGAACAUUCAUAGACGAAAACCGGUUCAUAGCCACUCGUUACAGAAUCUACAAGCACAAAAUCCUUUGACGGAAUCAGAAAGACGGAGCAUGGAGGAUCAGAUCGAAAGACUGAAAAGGGAGAAAGAAGGCCUUCUUGCGGAGUUACAGAACCAAGAGCAAGAACGGAAAGAUUUCGAGCUGCAAGUAAUGACAUUGAAAGAUCGGUUACAACAUAUGGAGCAACAUCAGAAAUCAAUAGUGGCAUAUGUUUCACAAGUUUUGGAAAAACCAGGACUUUCUCUAAACCUCGAAAACCAUGAGAGAAGAAAAAGAAGAUUUCAAGAGAAUUCUCUUCCUCCAAGCAGUUCACACGCAGAACAGGUCGAAAAGUUAGAAUCUUCUCUAACUUUUUGGGAGAAUCUUGUAUCGGAAUCAUGCGAAAAGAGCGGUAUGCAGUCAUCAAGCAUGGAUCUUGAUGCAGCUGAGUCAAGUCUCAGUAUUGGCGAUACCCAACCCAAAUCAUCAAAGAUUGAUAUGAACUCAGAGCCACCCGUUACCGUUACCACACCUGCUCCAAAAACAGGGGUGAACGACGACUUUUGGGAACAAUGUUUGACAGAAAACCCGGGAUCAACAGAGCAACAAGAAGUUCAGUCAGAGAGAAGAGAUGUCGAUAAUGAUAAGGGUAAUACGAUUGGAAAUCAAAGGACGUUUUGGUGGAAUUCAGGGAAUGUAAAUAACAACAUUACAGAGAAAGCUUCUUGAUAUGAAUGAGGUUUUUGUAAAAUAGAUUUUUCUUUUGUUACUUCCUCUGAGAUUAUUGUAUUCGUGUUCAUUAUUUAUUACUACUCUGUUUCUCUAAAACCAAAUAUAUCUCUAUUGUUCGAGACA